UAUUUUUCCAGAUAAAGUGGGGAAAAGGGUUUUUCUUCUGCACAAGUACCCAAGUUGGCAUCGAUUUGUGUUGCAAGCCAGAAGCCGCGUAGAAACUGGAAAAGUGAUACGGAAGACGAAAGGGGUAUUAGGGUUUUGGGAAUUAAUGAUGGAUUUGGCGGCGCCGAAGAAAGAACUUGAUCCCAACAAUGCUACCAAUGACACCAAUAACAAUAGUAACACUGUUAAUCCUCAAGAAAACCCAGAUUCGUCGCCUUCAUUCGCGUCUGAUAGUAACAAUAACCCUGAUAAAGGAGCUGAAGAACGCCAAGCUCGUGACCUUAAAGCCGGCCUUCAUCCACUUAAGCACAAAUUUGUAUUUUGGUACACUCGCCGGACACCUGGAGUUCGAAAUCAGACAUCGUAUGAGGACAACAUAAAGAAAAUUGCUGAUUUCAGUACGGUUGAAGGAUUUUGGGUCUGCUAUUGCCAUCUUUCUCGCCCUUCUUCUUUGCCAAUUCCAACGGAUCUGCACCUCUUUAAGGAAGGAAUUCGCCCUUUGUGGGAGGAUUCUGCUAACUGCAAUGGUGGAAAGUGGAUUAUACGAUUCAAAAAGGUUGUGUCAGGUCGUUUUUGGGAGGACUUGGUUCUUGCUUUGGUGGGUGACCAACUGGAUUAUGGAGACAACAUAUGUGGUGCAGUUCUAAGCAUUCGUUUCAAUGAGGAUAUAUUGAGUGUCUGGAAUCGCAAUGCAUCUGAUCAUCAGGCUGUAAUGGCUCUGAGGGAUUCAAUUAAACGUCACUUAAAACUUCCUCAUAGCUAUGUCAUGGAAUACAAGCCUCAUGAUGCCUCCUUGCGAGACAAUUCAUCUUACAGAAACACUUGGUUGAGAGGAUAGUGGGGAUCUAAGUACAAGCCCGAAGCCUCGUAACAUUUUGUCAAGGGCAUGCUCCUGGUGCUUUUUUACACUGUCGUCACUGUCACUAGGUACUCAUGGGCUACAGUUUCAGUUGAUGAUAGUUUUGGGUGCGUCAGUGCCGCUGUGUGUUUUGAAUACAAGUGUAUGAAAGCAACAAUUGUCAUUAACUGUACUGCAGAAUUCGGUCCUCUGCUUUUCCUCUCUCUGUGUUUUCUGUGUUAUACCCAGAGAAAAUCUUACAGAAAUUAAAAAGGAAAGGGAGAAAGUGGGAGCUCCUUGUUAGGUUCCAGAAUGACUGAGAUUUGCGAGCAAUGGUGAGGCAGCAGAGAAAGUGCGUUAGAGGUUCUGGACUCUGUAUUUCAUCUGUAGUUAUUUAGUUCAUGACUGAGUCUUUCCAUGUAAAUAAAUUGCAGAGGGUCUGCUUCAUAGUAUGUUUACGGUUGUGGGAUGGAGUCAUGGCUUUCGGUCGGCUGGUAAAUUAAUUUGUAGCGGAUAUUGAUGGAUCUUUGACCCUUGAAAUGAAUAGAUUGCGUUAGUUUUCAAAACUCAAAAAGGGGGCAACAAAAAAAAGAAAAACCUGGGGAUUUUUUCCUCCUGGGGCGGGGCUAUUGGAACUCCUCAUGUGAAAAAAGGGUGGAUUUUAAACUUUUAAA